AUGUCUCUCCCAAACUUCCGCUCUCACUUUCGAAGCCACACUUUCGGUCCACGAAGAAUGGCCUCUGGCACCAACGGCUCCCUGGACGCCAGUGAGCGAACGGGACUCCUCGGCGCACACCGUGGCUCCUUCUCCGGCCUCUCAUCUCACGAGCAUACCGACCAUGGACUGCACCACCACCACCCGAACGACAACCGUAUAUGGGUGCAAUGGCCAAUGCGCGUCGUCCACCUGACGUGGAAAACAAUCGUCCGCGACUAUGUCAACGUCCUGCUUAUCUUUGUGCCCUUGGGCAUCAUCGCCGGUGCCCUUGGCUGGGACUCCACCGCUGUCUUUACACUCAAUUUCUUUGCUAUUGUUCCCCUCGCUUCGCUACUCAGCUUCGCUACCGAGGAGCUGGCCGCUACUCUGGGUCAAGCGCUUGGCGGCUUGAUGAAUGCCACUUUUGGAAAUGCUGUUGAGCUGAUUGUCAGUGUAAUUGCCUUGAGACAGAACCAGAUUCGCGUCGUCCAGGCCAGUAUGCUGGGAAGUAUCCUGUCUAACAUCCUGCUCGUGCUGGGCUGCUGCUUCUUCGUCGGUGGACUCCGCUACCGCGAACAGUCUUUCAACACCACCGUAGCAUCGACCAUGUCCUCGCUCAUGGCUGUGGCGUCCGCAUCCCUUAUCAUUCCCGCAACCCUCUACGCCGCGAUCUCGGGUAACUCCAUCGCCAAUCCCGACGGUGCAGGUGAGAACUCGGACCCGGACAACGCUGCGCAGAAGAACAUCCUUAUCUUAUCGCACGGCACCUCCAUCAUCCUCCUGAUCAUCUACGUCAUGUAUCUCUACUUCCAGCUGGGCUCUCACUCCGACCUCUUCGAAGAGACGAAUGGUAGCGAUACCGAGAACAUCGCCGGCGCCGAGGAGGAGGAGCACGAGGAGGAGGAGCGCAUUCUCAGCCCGUGGGCUGCGGGUGUGGUGCUCGUCAUUGUGACUCUCCUCGUCUCUAUUUGCGCCGAUUACCUAGUCGAUGCUAUCGACCCCCUAGUAAAGACCACAGGCAUGAGCAAGACGUUCAUUGGACUGGUGCUGAUCCCGAUUGUGGGUAACGCCGCGGAACAUGUCACUGCCGUUGUGGUUGCGUGGAAGGAUAAGAUGGAUCUUGCGAUCGGAGUUGCUAUUGGUAGCAGCUUGCAGAUUGCGCUCUUUGUCACGCCCUUCUUGGUUAUCCUGGGCUGGAUCAUGGAUAUCGAGAUGACACUGCACUUCCAGACUUUCGAGACCGUGGCUUUCUUCAUUUCUGGAUUGGUUGUUAACUUGCUUAUUCAGGAUGGAAAGUCCAAUUACCUUGAGGGUGGCAUGUGUCUCGGCAUGUAUAUCAUUCUGGCCUUGGCAUUCUAUGUCUACCCUGAUGAUGUUACCAACUGA